AUGAUUGCCCCGAUGAUUGAUGAUUUCUUACCAAGCCUCACACUCUCCGUAAGCUGGUCAAAGAAGAGUGCGAAACUAGGAAACACAAUCAAGCCCAAGAAGCUACAGAACAAGCCAGACAUUGUCUUGCACGGCAUCACCAACACUGUGGCUGGCGACGACAAGGCGCAGAAGAUGACCUAUGUAAUCACACUCACGGAUCCGGAUGCGCCAUCUCGCGACAACCCCGAAUGGAGCGAAAUGUGCCACUGGAUCGCCUCCAACGUGACCAUCUCUCAGGAAACCUUGUCCAUUCUGCCACUCCCAGAGUUUGGUCUCACGGAGCAGACAGCGUCGAAACAGGAUGGAGGGCCGGAUGAUGUGGUCGAGUACAAGCCGCCUGGGCCGCCCAAGAAGACGGGCAAACACCGCUACGUGUUCUUGGCCUUUGCGCCGAAGAAUAGGACGACGGAGCCGUUGCAUCUGAGCAAGCCGAAAGAUCGGCAGCAUUGGGGUACUGGGAUGGAGAGGGGAGGUGUGAGAGAUUGGGCGGUCGAGAAUGGCUUGUUUCCUGUUGCAGCGAAUUUCAUUUAUGCGCAACAUGAGAAACAGUAA